UUAAAGCCUUGACAGUCAAAGUACGUCUUAAUUGUGAUCACCAGACUGUGACGUGAUAUUUGGAGAGCAGGGCCAGCAGGAGAGGGCUCUGCAUGGAAUUAUGAUUAAAAGUAGAAGGCCCCCAGACCUGAUUGGUCCCACAGGCGCCGAUAGAUGGCUUCCGGGAAGGGUGUGAGACAUGAAAGAAAACUACACUUCGAUUCAUUUAGGGCUUCAUUUGACAGCUCAUCAGCUGUUUCGGUGACAUCCAAUCGGGAACUUUACGUCACUACAGUGACGUCACUAUAGUGACGUUUAACAUCCCAAGUGGAUGACUCCAUAACAGCUGAUUUACGUUAACUGACAUUCUGUUCAUAUCCAAGUACGUGUGCCAUGUGCAUAUGUGCACUGUGCUGUGCACGUGUCAUAAGGCCAUGUGCAUGUGAGACUCGACUUAAAUGUGAGUCGAACUUGACGUCGUCUAUUUGCUGUGCAGAGAAGUGCAUGUCAAGGAGGUAUAAAGUAGCUAUUUAACGAGAAAUGAUGCGAAAAAUCGCUUAUAUCGCCUAUAAUUCUGGUGGAAGUCAGUGAGGUCCAGGACAUGGUUUCAAAUUAUUGUACUAAAUUAUUGUUUGGUAUUUUAAUUUUAGUACUACAGAAGCAGUAGAACCUUGAAAAGACAAUACUUGCAUUCAAAUAUUGAACGCGUAGAAGUAAGCGUUCAGAGUUUGCUUGUGAUAGAUCGUGAUAAUCCAUUAAUGACCGAUUUUUUAACGCGUGACUGGGCACUGGAGUUCAGUAUUAUCAGCUGUGAUGUUGUGACGUGCAAUCGUGUUGCCUGCCUGUGACGAAGUUCGUGUUACAAUCUUGAUUUAAACGAGUGUAACCCCAACGAUAUGUAUGUGCGUUAGGGGUAACGUAGAAAAUCAAAACUACUCUGCAAUCAGGAAGGAACAAAAUGUGUGAUGAAAUAGAAUACAAUGUAUUUUAUCAAAUUCUGCAAAAUAAAUUCAGAAAAAAAUAUGAAAUGGCUUUAUCUAAUUGUUGGACUAUUUGCAUUCCUUGUUCACCUGCAUUACGUGGAAUUAAAAUAGACAAAGAAUUUGUUGAUAUUCACAUACUGAAGCCAUUCUCAGCUACCUCAACAGAUUUAUUUGUGAGUGGUUCUGAAAAUUCCUAUGGUUUUAAUGUUGGAAAUGAAACUAUAUCUCUGAAUAAAGCUCCAUUUUCAAUAAAUGAAAAGUAUUCAGUGAAUAUUAAGUGUGUUGAAUCAGGAUACAAUAAAGAUUAUCAGCAAUACAAAAUCUUUGUUAUUGAUAGGCCACUAAGUCCAAGGUUUUGUUCUUUGCCUGCAGAAGGUGAUUGUUUGUUACAACUGAACCAGAAAAUAACAUCUUUGCGGGAUCACAUCACACAUUUUUUGCAUGAUACCUUGUUUCCUGUCAUUUGCCAUCGACAUAGACUCCAAGAUGAAGCAGUGCUCAGUCAGCUGCGAGAGUUGGCCUCAAGGGGAGUGACAGCUGAUCAGUUGGCGGAUGCUGAAUUGCCUUCUCUCAGCACUGAUAAUCUAGUUCCAUUAUUAAUGAGUGUUAUCAUUCAAGCAAAACCAUUGCACAUGUUUUCAAAUUUAUAUUACGUUGAGCAUUUUCAAUGGACUUUGUCACCAAAAGAUGCUAUGAGUGUUGUAACGUUCCAAGCAGCUGUUCAAGAACUUCUGCGCAUUAAAGGAAGUGAUUUAAAACCUCGCAGUGAGAAAGUCCAUAGAGAACUUGGAUUGGAGGAAUUAAUCAAAGUUACUGGAGAAGUAGACGAACAUUUUGAUAGGAAUGGAGAGCGUUGCCAAACGGGACCUGUUUCUCCAUUAGAUAGAGAACUAGAACGCAUCACUUCUCUAAUUGAAGCUUCCACUCAAGAUUUGAGUGCUGUUGACCGUAAUUCCAAUUUAAAGACUGGUUGAAUUGCAAUAUUUAAAAACAUUCCUGUUUAUUGAUGAUUUUUCUUGAGGAACUUAUCACCAAAAUUUAUUAAACAAAGACAAAAAAUUAGCUGUGCAUCAUCGAAAAUUUGUAGAAGUGAUCUAAUGCAAGAAAUUUUUAAAAUAUUGUUUGCAAUUUUGGUCAUUGCUUUAUAUAUUUUUCAUUUUAUACAUUAUUCGAAGCUAUAUUAAUUAAUUAAUAUAUUUGGCUCUGAUUACCAGAAAAACAAAUAAUAAUACUUAGGGAAUGGAUUUUCUUGUAAUUACAUGUUUUUACAGGAACAAUGUGCCUGCAUUCAUUAAAACUUUGAGUGUACGAGCCAUUCUGAAUGAAUGAGAACCAUUAAAAAUGGUUUUACUUAGGUAUUUUUGUUUGUUUGGGAAAACUUAAACAUUUUUACAUAUUUUGCCUAUUACUACAUUCACAUUUUAAUGUAUUUAAAUAUCAAAAUGGAACAUUUAAGACACAGAUUUGCAAUAUAUAUUACAGAAUCAUCUUUCUUACAGCUCAAUGUUCAAUUCUGUGGACACAACAAAUACUGCACUUCUGUGGACACAAUGUUCUCUAUGGAUUGCCAAACAUACCCCCUCCCCCUUCACAUUUUCAUACUCGGAAUCAAGGAUGAGUGGAUGUUUGUGAGGCAGAAGUAAUUUCAACCCUGAGCUUGCUGAUGUUUCAAAUAAUACAUUUGUAACUCAAUCGAAAACUAACAAAUAUUUUUUAUAGAUCUUAUCUUAUCUUAUUGUUUCCCCUUGAUCGAUUUGGGGAGAGAUUCCCUUUAACCCCCCCUCCCAUUGGGAUCUAUCACUGUCUACAUGAGGGUUGUCCAACUGGCUGCUCGCGAUGACAUUUAUUGUGGUGUGCAAUAGGUUAUUUGUCAAACGUGAAACUCCCUUGUACCAUGUUGGGUGAGAACAUUGUGUGACUGGUGCACGCACGUUGUCAGGGUCAACACCCUCUUACUGUAAAAAUAGGUAAAGUUUAAAUUUAAGGCAUUUUUUUCUAGUAAAUUCAAAAAUUCGAAAUCAUCACAUUGUGUUUCCGUAAUUUAUGCAUGGUAGAGUUCGUUAUCAUGGAUGGUUCCAUCCCCCCUCCCAUUUCAGAGCAUCCAUUACGUAUUUUCUGUUUUUUAUUCCAUAUAAUUUUAUUCCCAUGCCUUUUUUUUUUUUUUGACAAUAAAUUCCAUUUCCUAAUAAUAAUGAAAAUGAAACAUAAUGUAUCGUUUGGAAAUUGUGCUUAUAAAUUUAAUAUCUUGUAUUGUCUUUCUGAUAGACCCUUCUCAAGCAGAUGUUAGUCGUAUGAACUGUUUACAAUGUGAAUUCAUUGACCAAAAUUUCAGAACAAAGUAAUAUAGUUUCUUGUAAUGUCUCUUCACAGCAAAGCAAUGCUACUUUAUAUGGCUUCAGUUUUGUAUGAAUUGUGAUAAUGUACAUAAUAGUUUGUACGUUUGUGCAUUAAUAUAAUUAUAAUUGAAAUGUGUAUACAUUUUUAUGUGCCAUAAUGAUGCGAAAAUCAUAAUUAAAUGUGUAUAUAUGCAUUCUCCGUCCAUAAAUUAAGAUUGCAUUAUGUGACAGAUCAUUUAAAGAGCUUUCUCUAAUGCAAAAUUGCAACCUGAGCAACUGACUUAAAAUGCCAAUUAAUUAUUGGAAAAUAUUUUAGUUAAGUCAAACUAUCGAGUAUCUACCAAGGCGAGUGUUUCUUUAAGAUGUGAACUACUUUUAAUGGAUUAUUGUUUCACAAUCCCCCUUUUUGAACAUAGAACUGUGUAUUGUAUGCCAUAAUAAUUACUAAGUGUUUUAUGUGAAUUUUUACUAGUACAAAUAAUAAAUAAUAUAUUCAUUGUAUUUGUAUAAGAGUUUGAAAAACAUUCUGGAAUAAUUGAAGCAAAGCAUAUAUUUUGGUAUAAUAAGAUAUUUCACUUAUUUUGGAAUACAUUAUUUUAAUGUAUUUUACUUAUUACUUCAUAAUUAUUACUACAUAUUUAAUUAUUUAUAUGUCAAAAUGGAAAAUCUUAGACAGGAGUUUACUAGUACAAGAUCCUGAAAUAUUCUAUUAAACAAAGUUGUGUAAUAUGUACAUCCAUUAACUUUGGACCUUCACUGUGACUAUUCAAACCCAAACUCCUGCCUUGCUGAAUCAAGGAUGAACAGAUGUUUGCAGAGCAGAAAUAAUCUCAACCAUGUGUUUCCUUGUGUUGCAUGGAGCCCAUGACUAGCUCGCUUGAAAAGUAGCAAACAUUCUUUACAGGUCAUUCUGUUACGUGCUUCCAGCACCCAGCACCGAGAAUCACACUGUCCCGUCCACUUUGGCUUAAUGGGAAUUGUUUAUCCUUCAAUCAAUAGGGAUGCCAUGGAGCAAUUUGUCCUCUGAUCUGAGAUCCUCUUAUCAUUAGAUCUCCGAAAUUCUACAGAUAAUCACUUAGGUAGGAGACCUUAGAAACUAAUUAAGUUGUACGAUAAAUCACAGCAAUAAUUUGAAACAAUAAGUUUUUGACUUUUGAUAUCAACACAACGAUUAACUGCAAAUAAAUUUGUCAAAAUAUCUGCCGGUAUUUGCUACAACAUUUCUGAGCUUGUUUGUGUUUGAAGGUUGGUAGUUUUAGAAAUAGCGAACAAGGUGUUUAUUAGAAAAACGUUUUCAAAGUAGACAAAAGAUUUGUUCUGCAAAAAUUACAAAAUCUUAGAACAGAUUUUUGGACCAAUUCAUUUGACAAGAAAUAUUGGUUCAAUAAAACUGUUUAUAGACCUUGAGCGAUUUAACUGAGAGAUUUAUCGUAGCAAAAUACCUAACAAUUAUUUAGUGCAAUUUAUUGCAACAAAAAAUUGUUCCGUUGAUUAUCACCCUAAAGGUACUUUUUUACAAAGAUGGAUUUAGAAGGCGAGGCAUAGCCCCUAUCUCCCCAUCCAUCAGUGGCUUAAAGACCAUCAGUAAGACCAAGUGUGCAUAUUGGCUCCUCUCGUAAACAUUGUACAUAUGUACGUAUUUUAUAUUUUGUAGAAAAGUCUCGCUGGCACUUAUGAACGGUAGAAAGUAUGAGUAAGUUCAGAGACUCCAAAUGCUUUUUAAGGUAUGAUUGGCAAAGUUUUGUCUCCAAAAAUUUGAAAAUGGUUUUAUGGAGAAAUUUUUAACGCUAUCAUGAAUGCCUAUGUACAUAUUUUUUGUUUUUAAAAGUUAUUUUUGAAGACAAAAUGCAUAACCAUAUGUGUACAUUUUUAUAACAAAAUUCUGUUCCAUUUUAAUAACAAUGUAAAUUUACAUUAAAAUGUUUUAUUCUUCUAUAUUUCAAGAUAAGUUUGUGCUGAUAACUUCACAAAUUAUUAUGCAAUAGUAUUGAAUUUGGUGUUUUUAAAUUUAUCACAUGAUCAAUGUAUAAGACUUAUAUCAGCAAUUGAUAAUAUUAUAAAUAAAUAGAUUUCUAAACUUCAAUUUCCUUUAUUUUCUCUAUUUCUGGGGUCUAUCCAGAGACUGUGUAUGUGUAUGGUGUGUGUGAGAAUAUAAAUUAUAAACAAGAUACAUUAUUUAUAAUAAGUUUUUAAUAAAAUAAAAUAUUAAAUUUAAUAUUAAUUGUCCAGGACGGAAGAAAGACGACAGUAUUUCACAAAAUGUUUCAAGCCACUUCACAUAUUCUUUUAAUUACAUUUCUUUCUCUUUCCUCUUAUUCUUUUUAAAUAUUGUCUUUCUCUUCGUAAGUACUUAUUAACCGCGCCGUUUCCAGAUGCGUGUAAGCGAUCUAUGCCCAAUUCUUUU